CACCGGUGACAGUCGCGACGGGCGUGGUGGCAAUGGCCACGCCGGCCGGGGUGACGGCGUCGUGCCACCCGUGGUGACCGCAUCCGCGAUGCCCUUAACUCUGCUGACCGCGUCGCCCUUUGAAUGUGGAGACGGUGCCGCCCCCGCUGAUUGGACGAGCACCCGAUCUGCUCUGUUGUACGCAGCCGCUUCUGUCCAAAAGCAUCCGAAGGAAGCAGUAGGUGGUGCACUAUUCAGUACAUGUGGAUGCUGUUCAGUAUCUUCUCCAGCAGAAACUAACAAGUGUCGGGUGUUGUUUGCUUGAAGAAAAGUUCCCUGCUCGUGGCAUCAAAGCAACAGAGAAGAAAGGCAUUGCUAAAUCAAGUAGGUAUUAUGAUUUCUUCUUUCCAUGAAAACUAUGUUGAUUAAUGCAUUGUUCACUUGUAUGAUGUGGGAAUGUGGGGUUAUUUUUUGUUGGUGAUGAGUGGUUUUCUAUAUUAGUGUGUAUGAUGCAUUCAUUUUUUGUUGGGAUGCGACUCGUGAUCGUAGCAAUUCAUUUUUAUUUCAGAUUUAAGUACAAACCAAACCAUGUCUUUGGAUGCUCAACAUAGCUGGAUGUAUAGUGGGUGGAAGGAUAAUGGAAGGCAUUCUGAUGAGUGGAUACGCAAUACAAAUGCUUUUGUGAACCAUGUUUUUGAGGGUGUCCGUAGUGCCAAGUUUGGAGUUUCUUGUCCUUGCUCAAAAUGUUGCAAUGGUAGUAGGAGAACAAAACAAUUGAUGACCUCUCAUCUUUGUCAUUGGGGUUUCAUGCCCAACUACUUUAGAUGGACUGCACAUGGGGAGCAUCAUGUUCAUGUAGAUAGAGUGGAGUCUGUCAACACUGAUUGCUUAGAGGACAUGUUGUGUGACUUUGGGGAUGCAAUGCAUGUUGAUAAUGUAGACGAGGAGCCAACACCAGAUGCCAAAGCUUUUUAUGCCAUGUUGUCAGCUGUUAGAGACCCACUCCAUGAGUUCACCCAAACCUCACGCUUUGCUACUGUUACAGGCUUGAUGGGAAUUAAGUCACAAUACAAUUUGUCAGGGGACUGCAUAAAUAGUUUACUGAAACUUUGGCAAGAUACACUCCCACAAGGCAAUAAAAUGCCAUCAAGCUUGUAUGAGUGCAAGUGUAUCUUAGCUGGUUUGAAAAUGCCACUCUUGAAAAUAGAUGCAUGUGUUAACCAUUGCAUGAUAUACUAUAAGGAUAGAGAGAGAAAACUGAAGUGUGAUUUCUGCGGUGAAGCAAGAUAUAAGGUAGUUAACAAUGACUGCCCAAAUAAGAAGCGUAAACCCAUCCCACGUAAGGUUCUGCGAUACCUUCCAUUUCUACCAAGAUUGCAAAGGUUGUUCAUGCAGCCUGAAUUUGCUAAGCACAUGAGAUGGCACAUGGAAGGCAACCGAGAAAAUCCAGGAAUGAUGGUGCACCCAGCUGAUAGUGAAUCAUGGAAAUAUUUCAAUGUGGAUGGGUUUGCAAGUGAUCCACGCAACGUUAAGCUAGUCAAGUCCUUUGAUGGCUUCAACCCUUUUAAUUUCGGGUUAACACAAUACUCUUGUUGGCCUGUGUUUCUUGCUCCUUUGAACCUGCCACCUGCUCUUUGCAUGAAAACACAAAAUAUCUUUCUUAGCAUGGUGAUCCCUGGACCAAAGAGUCCUGGCAAGAACUUCAAUGUGUACAUGGAGCCUUUAUUUGAUGAGUUGAAAGAGGCAUGGGCGGGUGUACCAACUUAUGAUAGUUUCCUUAAGCAGAAUUUCAAUAUGAGGGUAACCUUGCAUACAACUGUCCAUGACCGCCCUGCUUUUGGUAUGGUUGCUGGAUGGUCUACCCAUGGUGGGCUGGCUUGUUACGAGUGUGGGGCAGAUCCACAAACAAUUUGGCUGGAUAAUGGGCACAAAUGGAGUUGGUUUGAUAGCCACAGGCGAUUUCUGCGGGCCGACCAUGUAUUUAGGACCCAGAGUGAUGCCUUUUUAAAAGAUACAGUAGUGAAGGAUAUUGCUCCACGUAGGUUAACAGGGGAUGAAGUUUUUGCUUACAUGAAUGAAGUUAAGGACAACAAUUUUGAAGGUUAUGGAGUAACACACAAUUGGACACACAUUCCUAAGUUGUGGGAAUUGCCAUACUUCCCAAAGCUUUUGCUUCCUCAUAAUAUAGAUGUUAUGCACACCGGAAAAAAAUUGCAGAAGCAAUAUUCAAUACUGUCCUUGACAUUCCUAACAAGACAAAAGACAAUGCCAAAGCCCGCCUUGACCAAGCUAUACUGUGUAGCAGAACUGAUUUCAACCUUCAAGAAAAGCCCAAUGAUAAAUGGGAAAAGCCUAGAGCACCAUAUUGCUUGAAGAGGAACCAAAUAAGAGAGGUCCUGUUGUGGUUUCUUCAGCUCAAAUUUCCAGAUGGAUAUGUGGCCAACAUGAAGCGAGGUGUUAACUUAGAGCAACUUAAGAUAUAUGGGCUCAAAAGUCAUGACUACCAUAUAUUUAUGGAGCGGUUGCUGCCUGUCAUGCUGCGGGGGUAUGUAGAUAAUGAUGUGUGGGAGGCUUUGGCUGAGCUAAGUUAUUUCUUUAGGCUGCUUUGCGCAAAAGAAAUAGAUCCUAACCAAAUGGAUAAAUUGGAGGAAAACAUUCCUGUCCUAAUUUGUAAAUUGGAGAAAAUUUUCUCACCGGGGUUCUUUGAUUCAAUGGAACAUCUAAUGAUACACCUCCCUUAUCAAGCAAAAGUAGGAGGGCCUGUUAAGUAUCGUUGGAUGUAUACUUAUGAAAGGUUAAUAAAAAAGCUUAGAGCAAAAGUUAGUAACAAAGCACGUGUGGAGGCUUCAAUUGUUGAGGCAUUUCUUGUUGAGGAGAUUUCAAACUUUAGUUCUUUGUACCUUCCUGAUGAUGUACCUACCUCAAGAAAUCGCCCCCAACGUUAUGCACAAUCUAGCACUACCAGCACAAGUACUCUUAGUUUGUUUGGAGACAAGGGAUGGAAAAUUGGUAGAGGGGAACCUAGGAUCUUAUCACAUGAAGAGUACAAGACAUCCAUGAUUUUUAUCUUACUAAACAUGCCUGAAAUGGAUGAUAUUGUGAAAAAAUUUGAACUUGACCAAUGGAGGCGUCCUCGACAACCAAGUACAAAAGAACUUGAUAAACUUAGGCGAGAUGGUGCUGGUUCAGGAAAACCAAACUUGUUGGAUUGGUUCAAAACUUUGUGCAUAAAGGAUGCAUCUAUUAAUAAAGAAUUACGCGAUCUUUCGCGAGGUUGUAGCAUGAGAGUAAAAUCAUAUGACAUGUAUGAAGUUAAUGGGUUCAGAUUUCGAUCCGAGAAAUAUGAAAACCACAGAGAAGGGGACCUUUCAUCUAGAAAUACCGGCGUUCUUGCUCUUGGAAUAGAUGAUGCAACCAAUGAGGAGCUUGAAUACUACGGUGUUAUUAAGGACAUUAUAGAACUUAAAUUUGAUGGUGAUGAGGACUUCAGUCUUGUGAUGUUUGAUUGUCACUGGUUUCAUCCAACCAAAGGAGUGAGACAUUUGAACAGAUUUGGCUUAGUUGAAGUAGCACCUGCUUCAACCAAUCCAGCCAAUGAGCGUUUUGCUAUUGCCAGCCAAGUGAGCUUAGUCUAUUAUGUUCCAUAUGCUUGCACUUCCGUUGCAAGUCUUCUUGAUUGGCAAGUUGCUUACAGAGUACCACGUCUAGGCAGGCUAGAAACUCCCACAGAUGAUGACUACACAACAGCAACACCCACUAAUGCAGAUGUGUUCCAAGAGAAUAGUUUAGAUGCCAAUGAUUUCAUUGUACAAGUAGGAUCACAACUUGACAACUUAACAGUAUGUGGUUCAGAUGAGGUGGUUGAUCCAACCGAAUUGUCACAUAUUAGCAACCGACAUGAUUUGGGUGGUGAAAGGAUUCAGGAACAAGUUAUCAAGGAUGAAGACUAUGAUGAAGUGAUCAUUGAGGAAAUUGAAGAAGAAGAUGAUGAUUUCUAGCCCAUUUUCUGUUUAUUAUCGUUGUUUGUAAUUUGGGUGGUUGAAGACUUGGCAAGAAACACUUAUCUAUUUGCUAUUGUUAUGUUUAUCAUGAUUGUCUUGUUGGUUGUAAACUGUUCUUUGCUAUCUUUAUCUUAUUUGUUUCAAGAAUCACACAUUACAGGAUGACAAUUGGAAGAAAAGCAUCUCAACUUGCUGUAGCGAUCAAACCAGCGCCUGCUGCUCGAAACACUACUGCUGCUGAUGGCACUUAUGAUGGGUACAUAAGAGGAGUUUCAGAUCUUCCUGCUGCUAUUCCAAAUAAUGAAAAUCAUCCAAUCAUUCGACCUAUUGGCAAGACGCAUUGGAAGGACAUUCCUGUUGUUCGAAAGGGCAGAAGACCAUCAAGUGUAUUGACAUGCCUUCUGAAAAGUAACCAUCCCGGUAUUCUGGAUUAUGAUGGUGCGAAGGUGGUUGCAACGGAGUGGGAGCAUUAUCAUGCGGUGAAGGACACGAAUGGUCAUUCUGUUGCAGACAAAAUUGAAGAUGCUUUUGGCUAAGGUACAAGUAUGAAGAUGCAUACUCACAGAAGGCAAAGCAACAUGUUCGAAGAUGUUGCAAGGCACUUUUGCCAAGUAUAUUUUACUAUUCAAGAAUCCAAGCCAUAAUUGAUCAUUUUCGAAAAACUGAGAACACUAACAUGAAUGACAAGCUUGCUGGGCAAUACUAUUUGGAUAGAGCUCAGUAUUUGGUGCAAAGGCAAGGUUGGUUAGGAAAAGAAGCUUGGAUUGUUGUAGUUGAUGAGUGGUGCAGUGAAGAGUGGAUUGCAAAAUCAAAGAAAUACUGUGCCAAUCGUUGCAGCUCAAAGUUCAAGCCUCACAAGGGUGGUUCCAACUCGAUGACUACUAUAAGUCAAAAAAUGGUUAUCAACUAAACUUAGUAGUUUCCUUUAUUAUCACUUAUCAUAUGAAGAAUUAUAGAUAUCUUACAUGUCUUGAAUCAAGUGUAAUGCAGUCCGAACAAACCGGCGAAGAUGUUAACCAGAUUCAGGCUUGGGUGCAUACACAUAGAGGAUUGGACAAGAGCAAACCUUUAAUUCUCAACACACCAGAAGCAACUAAAUGUUUGGCACUUUACACAGAAAAGGCUAAAGAGUUAAAUGGAUAGGACUAUGAUAUCCUGAAAAAUGAUGUUAGUUCUAAGGCACUUUAUGAUUGCUCUAAUGGGAAGCCACAUGGUACAUGGUCUCUCUUUAAUGGCAUUGUCAAUGACAUCGAGGUCAUUUCUGAGGUGAGAGCUACUGGUACAUCUUCAGCAGCCUUGAAGCGUCGUCGAGCUGAAGAAAUUGAAGAUGUGCGUCAAAAGGAGUCCGAGAAGACUCGAAAAGCAGAGGCUUAUGCCAAAAAUGUCUUGUCAUGGGGUGUUGGCAUGUACGAGCACUGCAAUGAGAUACAAAAGUUUCUUCAGACUUUGGCAACUAAGCAAGGAGUGCCUAUUGGAGAAAUACCACCGCCGCCGGUUCCACCUCCUUUUCGUUCGCUUUCUCCUCCUGGAUCUCCGCAACGAUCUACCAUCCAAAUUCUAGAAAAUAGCAAAGAAUCGCCAGCUUUGUGUGCUCAAAAAGAAACAAAUCCUAGCUCUAAUAAUGAACAUGUUACUGCUGCAAGUGUUCCUGCUGUAGACGAUGAAGGGAUGUUUGGGGGAUUUUUUAGUCAGUCUGGAACCGGUGCACUAAGCCUAUCGCUAUUGAGCAGUCAGUUGGUUCCUUGAUGUUCUUGGAUGUACAGUGCGUGGAGUAAUAUUUUGGUGCAUGUAUAGUUAACAUGCUAGUACAUGUUCUGUAAUGUAGGAAACUCUAGUUGACCUACAUCAGUAUGUACGUGCUAAUGAGAUGCUUAAUCAGUUAGAUGUAGCAAACUCUAGCUAGCAAGCCUAUUUUUUGGUCAAACAUGUGAUGGCUGGUGAUGUCUUGGCAUCUACUGUAUGCAUGUGACGAUUGGUAUCUAUAUAUAUAUACACACUAAUUA